UGAAUGGCAGUUGCAGUUUUGUUUUCGUUGCUAAUCAUUUUGCAUUUGGAAAAGAGUUCAAAGGUUUAAAUCGGUUGAUUAAAAAUAUGAAAGAGCAGGACCUGGAAAAAUGUGUUCCCAACAGCGACUGGAACGUCCUUUACUGGGUGCUGGGGACGAUCCUAAUGCCUGUGGCCCUUCCAUUGGCUCUCGUGAACAUAUGGCAGCGAUUCCGGGCCCAAAAAUACCGUAAUCAGUUGCCCGGCAAGGUGGUGCUUAUAACGGGUGCAAGUUCGGGAUUGGGUGAAUCCCUGGCCCACGUCUUCUACCGGGCUGGAUGUAAGGUGAUUUUGGCGGCUCGCAGAACUCAGGAAUUGGAGCGGGUUAAGAAGGAUCUCCUCGCACUGGAUGUGGAUCCCGCCUAUCCACCUACUGUGUUGGCUCUUGAUCUGGCUGAAUUGAAUUCCAUUCCAGAAUUUGUCACCCGUGUAUUGGCCGUUUAUAAUCAAGUGGACAUUCUGAUUAACAAUGGAGGGAUCAGUGUACGAGCGGAUGUGGCAUCCACAGCAGUGGAUGUGGAUCUUAAGGUGAUGGUGGUCAACUAUUUCGGAGGUGUUGCCCUAACUAAAGCUCUACUUCCUUCAAUGGUUAAACGUGGUAGUGGUCACAUCUGCUUCAUUAGCUCAGUUCAGGGAAAAUUCGCCAUUCCCCAGAGGGCCGCCUAUUCCGCCUCGAAGCAUGCCAUGCAGGCCUUUGCCGAUUCUCUGCGAGCUGAAGUAGCCAACAAAAACAUAAACGUGUCCUGUGUUAGUCCAGGGUAUAUACGUACUCAACUCUCUCUAAACGCUUUAACAGGAUCGGGAAGCAGCUAUGGAAAAAUGGACGAAACCACGGCUAAGGGCAUGUCCCCCGAGAAACUAGCAGAACGCAUUCUACAAUGCAUUCUCCGUAAAGAACCCGAUAUAAUUGUCAGCGACGCUCAAGCUAAGAUUGCAUAUUACCUUCGCCAUUUAUGUCCAAGUCUUUACUUUUGGAUUAUGGCUAAGCGGGCCUUGAAGCUGGAAAAAGCAGAAAAGAAGUCCUCUUAAGUUUGGAACAUGUCAAGUCAAACGUCCUUAAUUAUUAGUUUCGUUUUUAUUGUUAAUUGAAUUUUGCUUAAAAUGAGGAAAUUAUAAAGUAUCGCAUAUGUGUGUGUGUUCGGGUUAAAAAUUAGUUACUAACGAUAAGAUUAAUAAAUAAAGUAUUGUAGUAAUCGUAACAUAAAGUACAACUGAAUUGUCACACAUGUGCUUUUUGUUCGCUAAUCAUAAUACAUACGUUAAUUAUUGUUUUAAAUUGUCAUUAAAAUUAUUAAUCGUAAAA